AUGCAAAUACGAGCCGAGUCGCCACGAGCCAGCGUUGUUGGUGGCGAGAAAGACCAGCAGUACAGAUUUACAGUACUCGGUGAUGGCUUACUCCGAAUGGAAUGGGCUCCAGACUCCGUGUUUGAAGACCGACCAUCAGCCUUUGCAAUGUACCGAGACAAAGCAAAGAUUCCCAAAUACAAAGUCGAAGAGUCGGACGACAAGCUCGAGAUCAUCACCUCCCGUUUCCAGCUCACAUAUAACAAGCGCGAGUUUGCAGCCCAUGGUCUCUAUGCCUUGGUUUUCGGCUUCACUAGAAGUCUGUGGCGUUUCAAGGAACAAGGCCAGCCUAAUCUGGGAGGAACAUACCGCACACUGGACAAUUACGACGGACGUAUCAAUCGAGAGGAUGGCACGCCAAUACCGCUUGAGGAGGGCGUUGUGUCUCCGAAAGGAUAUGCACUUCUCGACGACUCAAGCUCUAUGCUCUUUAGCGAUGAUGGCUUCGUGGCAUCUCGAAAGCCCGGACCCGAUAGAAUAGACUGUUACUUGUUUGCAUAUGGACAUGACUAUCGCCAGGCUAUCAAAGCUCUGUACAGCAUCUCUGGACCUCCACCUGUGCUGCCAAGGUGGACGCUGGGUAACUGGUGGAGUCGAUACUACGAAUAUACCACCAAGUCAUACCUGGCUCUGAUGGAUCGAUUUCGACAAGAGGGCAUCCCUUUGUCUGUGGCUGUGAUCGACAUGGACUGGCAUCUCGUCGACGACCCGAAGGUGAUCGAAGCAGGGCAGACGGGAUGGACGGGCUAUACAUGGAACAAGAAGCUCUUCCCAGAUCCUCCCAAAUUUCUCGAGGAACUACACAAGCGCAAUCUCAAGGUCACGCUCAACGACCAUCCAGCCGAUGGCAUUCAUAGCUACGAAGAUGUGUACGCAGAUGUGGCCAAGGCUGUGGGACAUGACGCUUCAGAUGGUGCCCCAAUACCGUUCGAUGCAGUCAAUAGAGACUACCUGAAGGCUUACUUUGAGAUUGUCCUGGGUUCGCUUGAGAAAGAUGGAUGUGACUUCUGGUGGAUUGAUUGGCAACAGGGCUCUUUCUCGCUUUUGAAAGAUGUUGAUCCCUUGUGGGUGCUGAACCAUUUUCACUUCCUUCGCAACAGUCAGAUCACAACCAACUCAGAGCCGGUGAUCUUCUCUAGAUAUGCAGGACCAGGAAGUCAUCGAUAUCCCGUGGGCUUUUCCGGCGACACGUACACCACCUGGGCCAGCCUCGACUUUCAACCACAGUUCACUGCCAUGGCGUCCAACAUUGGCUACGGUUGGUGGAGUCACGAUAUCGGAGGACACAUGCUUGGUGUCAAAGAUGACGAACUGAUCGUACGUUGGAUCCAAUUCGGUGUCUUCUCGCCCAUCAUGCGGCUCCACUCGACCAAGAAUCGAUGGGUCACCAAGGAACCGUGGAGAAUGUCUGCCCAGCCACGAAGCAUCGUCACGAACUUUCUUCAACUACGACACCGUCUAAUACCUUACUUACAGAUCAUGAACCAUCGAGCGGCCUUCCACGGCGAGCCUCUAGUUCAGCCCAUGUAUUGGUCAUAUCCCAAGCAUGACGAGGCUUACAAAGUACCUAAUCAGUACUUCUUCGGCUCUGAAAUGAUCGUGAUGCCAAUCACCACACCGCAGGACAAAUCACUCGGACUUGGCAAAGUCAAAGGCUGGCUACCCCCUGGAAGAUAUGUGGAUUUCUUCACCGGCAUGACGUACACAGGCGGAAGAGAGAUGUGGUUCAGCCGUGAGCUCGAUCACGUUCCUAUGUUAUUACCAGCAGGCUCGAUCGUACCCAUAGAGAGUUCGCUUGUGCCUCUGAAUGGAGGAGAAAGACCUGACCCUGUUCAAAUCUGCAUAUAUGUUGCCCCUGGCGCAGAUGGCUCCUUCGACUUGCUUGAGGAGCCCGGGAACAAGACAAAGUCAGCUUCCGAAGAUCCAGCCAACUGGGAUCGGAUCCCAAUCAAGUUUACACAAGCCGACGGUACUCUGCUAAUCGGCCCUGCUAAGCUUGCAAGCAAGAACAAAGCCAGCCCUCGGUCCUGGAGUGUACGCGUCUUGGGUAUUGAGAGACCUGCAAACGUUCGAGCCACAGCAGAUGACGUUUCACUGGAGGUUGAAGUCGUUCAGGAAGGCAACGGUGUUUUGAUCAAUCUCAAAGACGAGCACUUCUCUCCAACAGCGGCCAUCUCCAUUGAGCUUGGCUCGAAGUCGGAACUUCAACAAAAUCGACCUAUGGAGUUGACUGAGAAGAUCAUUCAGAAUGCACAGAUUGAUUAUGAUAUCAAGGACAAAGUCUGGGCUGUUCUGAGCGAUGACACACUGACUUCAUCGGCUCGUUUGGUGCGGUUACAGACGUUGGAGAUGAGUGAGAAUCUACGGCUUGUCUUGACGGAGUAUCUGUCAGCCUUGUCUGAAGAUUGA